ACAAAAUGAUGACAGUAACAACACUAAUAAUUCAAGUGAUACGAGUGAAAAAGCUGACAAUUAUGAUAAAGCGAUUGAAGACAAUGAUGAAAUCAAUGAUGAACUCAACAAAGAAAAUAAGAAUUAUGAUG